AGGAUUUAACAUGUCCCAGUUUGUGCCCGUGUGGUCACUGGUGUGUCGGUUUAAAUUUUAAAACUGUAGCACCACAACCGAAUAUCAACUGGAAAUGGCAAUCGAUAAAAACACCUCUUGGAAAACAACACUGAUAAUCAGCACCUCACCUCAGUGUGAUGAAGCCUCGCAGAUUCUUCUAGCGCAGCGGCACAGGAUUCGCCGCUCGGACAGCAUUCUGUCCUCUUCCUUUGUUUGCCCCUUGUCAGGUACAGCUUUCUUGCUGGUCACAUCGGAGGAGUUUCCAGCUAAGCUUGAGAAUGCAGAAUAUUUUGAGAGAAUUGAGAAAUUUGUGCAGGUCCAUAGAAACAGUUUUCUUCUGCUUCAAGCCCCAGUUUACGGAAAAAGGGAGUGGGAGAUUUUAUCAUCAGUGCAAAACAGAUUUCUUGGCUGUAAGCUCAGAGUCAUACCUGUGCACAGUACUGCUGAUGUAGUGAAGGGAAUUCUGGUCAUUGCUAAGGCCACAAGUAAACCCAAUGUGGCGAAUUUGAGAGAUCAGAUGUCUUUGGCUUGUACUCACAUCAUUGAUCAUAGCCCAGUUUGGGGGAUGCUUCAAGAGAUGCAGUUCUAGUGAGAUUUACUCUGUUCCUCUCCAUUCAUGUUCUUAUAGCUUACUAUACUUGUUUUGAACAGCAGAUGUCAGUAUUGUUUCAUAGUAAGUUGUGUCAAAACUGUUUUUUUGCCAUUCAUACUUUGUUGUUUAGCCUUAAAAAACGUUUUCUUUCAAAAUAGUUCAUAAACUAUUAAGAACAAAGUAUAAACAUAGUCUGAGGAAAAAUGUCCACCUUUUAUUUGUGCUGGAAAAGUCUUCAAAGUCAGAAUACAGAAUAGUAUUGAAAAUAUUGAUAUUGUAGCUCUCACAUUGAUCUUUAUCAUUACAAACAUGACAUGCUACAGAGAAGGUAAAUAAAUAAAUUUAUAAACACAUUAUUCAGUUCAGAAAGCAGCAAUUGUCCCCAUUUCAUUUUUGACUGUCUUCAAUGAUUUCCUCUAUACGGACCACAAGGCUUUCCAUUAAGUCAUAUGUGACCAGGGCACACUGCAAGACCUGCAAAUGAUAUGUUUAGUACAUUUUGUUUUAUGAUUUACUGUCACUAUUUUAAAACUGAAUUCAGAUAAGUAGAACUGAUCAUCUAACCUUAUCCUGUGCCUCACAUGGCAUGUUGCCAAGCAUCUCCGUUUUCACAAUCAAGCUCUGAACUGAUCUCUUCCCAGAGGCCUCCUUAAAUUCUGUUGGGAAAAAACAAUGUUACUACAAGUCAAAAUCCAUUUUCUUCACUAU